CUUUACGUUCAUGAGUCCGGACGUGCAUGAGGGGAUUUUAACAGAGAAAUAACCCGGCCGGAGUUGAGGCAGUUCAAAUGUUUUAUCCUCCCAUGUCUCGGGUAUGGUUUCUUCUUCUCCUGGGAGGACUUCUGCCAGGGGUGCUACAUGUGAGUGGAAUAGAUAUUUACACUCCAAAAGAAGUGGAGGCUGUCAACGGGACGAAUGUAAAGUUGAAGUGCACCUUUACCUCCAGUCAUGCAGUGUCACUUCGGACUGUGUCAGUGUCCUGGAACUUCAAACCUUUAAACCAAGGACCCGAUGAGUCGGUGUUUUACUACCAAGAGGCGCCAUACCCUCCCGAGCAUGGACGUUUUAAAGGCCAUGCAGUGUGGUCAGGAGAUAUUUUGAGACGGGAUGCCUCCAUCACCCUACAUGAGGUGCCUCCAACCUUUAAUGGCACCUUCACCUGCCAGGUGCGGAAUCCUCCAGAUGUGCACGGCAGUAAUGGAGAGAUCGUCCUUAGAGUCGUCAACAAAGCCUCCCUCUCUGAGAUCGGCAUCCUGGCAGCAGCAGUUGGAGGAGCCUGUGCUUUUAUUCUGAUCAUCCUCGCUAUUUUUGUGGCGGUGAGGAUUUGCAAACGAAAGCACAUGCAGAAUGACAUCGAGCUACACCCACGGGAGCAAGAGUGGAGGGACCCGACCGUGUGUUCACCUGAAGAGGCCAUUCAUCUGACAGUCCCAAAGAAAGAGAAAGAAGCUGAGAGUUCUGAUGAUGAAGAGUCUGAACCCAGCAGUGGAGACGAUGAGGAAGAAGAGGGCCUCGAAGAAGACGAUGACGAUGACGAUGAUGACGACGAUGACGAUGAUGACGACGACGAUGAUGGUGGUGAUGAGGGUGGCGGUAUAUUGGACGCACUAGAUUGAUUAGUUUCCUCCCCGUUACAGUCUUAGGGCUUUGCUAUUCAUCAACCCUUAAAGUUAUUUAUUGGAGUGUUUCAGUGUUCAGUGCAUUAUGGCCACUGAAAAAUCUGAGAACCGGCACUAAUAAUGAUUCACAAUUAGUAUUGAUCUCACAACAUGAUAGACAGUUUCAGAAAGUCAUCCAAAUCAAUGCAGCAGGACCAGUGUCAUCUUUUUUAUUAAAUGCAUAUUUAUUUGUCAAAAACUGCCGCCUACUUUUCCUAGAAUGCAACUUGGCAGGCAAAAGUUUGUUUAGAAGUCUUGACAUAUGAUGCAAAAAGAUUUGGUGCAAGCAGCAGAGUUCUGCCAUGUAAGCUAACGUCUUUAACUUAAGAUUUUCUCCGCUUAUUUGUGAACUUGUAGUCUUUCAGCUCAAACUGAUGCAGACACAAGUUUUGUCACUUUGAGGCAAUAUGUCUGACUUUACAACACUGCAUCUGGACCUUUAAGAGUAUUUGUAUUACUUCUUCCCCUUUUAUUUUUGUUUUUGUCAUUUUUAACAGAAUUAUGUGUGUCUAGCUGUUUCUUUAUGCUGAUUUGACUAGAUUUCCAUUCAGUAACUGUUGGAAAUAUGUUGCCUUAGAACAACAAUGGAGAAACACAUUAAUUUCGCAUUGAAUAAAAGUAUAAUAGAUUGAUUUUAAAGAGAGAAGCCAGUUUGCUUGGCUACUUUGUUACUGCUAGAUUAAAUCAAAUGUCUUGUUCAAUUUCAAAUUUAACAGCUAUAGAAAAUUUUUGUUUUGAUGGGUUUUUUAUAUAAUAACAGCUUUAAACUGUGUCAUAGUGUUUAACUUCAAGAAAAUCGACCAUGGCUUUUUUAGUGAUAAAGCCUGGUGUUUACUACAUACUAUGGCAAUAUUGCACAAAUGAUUUUGUAAAUAGUGUAAAAUAAACAGAAUUUAACACUUUUUUAAACUCUUGAAAUGUUGUCUAAUAUAUAUCUACUGAACAAUUGUUGAAU